ACGCCCCUGCUCCCUCGCGGCCCUCGCCACCGCGGCAGAGCCCAGUGUAUAUUACCAGUGUACACGUUCGGUGCUGAGUAAGCCAAUGGUGGAGGGUGCUGGACUGCUUAGGCCUGACCAAAAGGGGUGCUGAAGUCGAAAAAGGUUAAGAAACACUGCAAUGUUGAGAGACGAGUGGAAGGAUGAUGGAGGCUGUGAAGGAGUAGGCUACCUGGAGAGAAUGUGGCCAGCGAGGUGUAGGGAUCAUUAACGAAGAGAAUACUACUUUUUUUUCUUUCUUUUUCUGUUUUGUGUCUUUUUGUCCUGUAUAGGAGCUGUCGAUCCAAAGGCCUGGCUCUGGAGCGAUCCCGAGCCACCUGUAGCAUCAAGAUCAAGAUUAAGACCAGUCGUAUACUAGUAUGCUGGCUGUCUCAUUCAAGCCCUUGUCAUUAACAUCUUCCCUACGCCUCCCUGCCCACGCCCGACGCCUACCAGCCCCAGGAAUAAAAGGUAUAGGCCUUUUCUACAAUUCCUUAAGCGUGCAGGCCUACAAAUUGUUCAGUUCAGGAAAUAUGGAAGAUUUUAGAUGGCACAAGGAAAAGUACUUGUCUAUGGGGCUGGCCGAGAAGAGGUCCUGCUACCCCGCUGGUCACGUGCCCCUCUCCGCUGUCCUGCCCUGGCCAAAGUACCAUGAUGUCAAUAAGUACGAGAUUAGCAAGUCUGCAUUGAGUGUGGAGCAAGCCCAGAACAUUUUGAGUGGCAGCAGGUACACCAAAGAUGCAGAGCUGAACCAGAAGAUCUCCAUCUUUGUGGGGGACAUCACCAGGCUGGAGGUGGACGCCAUAGUGAACGCGGCCAACAACAGCCUGCGUGGUGGUGGCGGUGUUGAUGGGGCAGUGCACAGGGCGGCUGGGAAGAACCUUUUCGAUGAGUGUGUUACGCUGAACGGCUGCGAGACUGGUGAUGCGAAGAUUACCGGAGGAUAUAGACUGCCUGCACGGUACGUCAUCCACACAGUUGGACCAGUGGGGGAGCGGCCAGCCUUACUUGAAUCCUGCUACCGGCGUUCCCUUCAAAUUGCCAUGGAGAAUAACCUUCGCACUGUGGCCUUCCCCUGCAUUUCCACAGGGGUGUAUGGGUACCCAGGGGACGCGGCAGUGAGGGUGGUGCUCCCAGUGGUCCGGACAAUGCUGGAAGCCCACAAGGAGGAGCUAGACCGGGUGAUUUUCUGUCUGUUUCUCAAGCCUGAUGUUGAUUUGUACCAUAAGUACUUUCCUGUGUUCUUCCCACUCUAAGUUAUUUCUGGGGGUGUUCUAAGUGUAUUGGGGUGACUUGGAGGUGUAGAAGUAUUGUUUGGAGGUGUUGGAGGGUGUUUGGAGGUGAUUUGGGGGUGUAGAAGUGUUGUUUGAGGGUGUUUAACUCCUUCAGUACUGGG